AUGGUCGAAAUGCCGUCCCGACGGCGGCCGGCCCCGCUGGCCGCCCUGCUGGCCGCCGGCGCCAUGAUGCUCAGCCUGCUGGCGGCCCCCCUUGCCGGGGCUGACACCGGGCCCGAUGUCAUCCUCCACGCCGGGCCCCACCAGGCCGUGAUCCAUGCCCAAGGCCCGGGCACCUUCUUCACCUCCCCCGGCAAGCCCUCGCUCACCAACAUCCGCACCGGCCCGCGGGUCUUCGAGCAAUUGGCCCAAGCCAACGCCAUGGCCCUCAGCCCGGAGUACCGGUGGGGCGCCUUCUUCGAGCCCGGGUUCAGCUCGGUGUCCAGCCCGCGCCCCGACAAUCCGGCCACCGCGGCCGUCAUGCUCCUCCCGCCGGCGCCCGGCGCCCGGCCGACCCUGGUCGAGCAUACCGACCAGUGGGUGGCCCUCUUCCAGGCGGCCAGCCAGCUGCCCCUGCCGGCCCCGGGCGCCGAGCUGCUGGCCGGCGUGGCGGUCGGCUUCGACCAGGCGGAUGUCCUCGGCCUGCUCGGCCCGCCGGGCCCCGGGGCCCGCACGCCCUUCCUGGCCUCGCUGACGACCACCGCCCUGACCGAGGUGGCCACCGGCCUGCCGGGGCUGGCCCAGCCGGUCCUGGCCGUCCCCGGGGCCGGGCGCCAAUUUUACCUCACCUCCCAGGACCAGCUGUACCGCAUGGCCCUCGGCGCCGGCCACCAGGCGCCCGCCGUCACGCGGGAAACGCUCCCGGCCCCGGCCGUCGGCCUGGCCGCCACGCGGGUCCUCUCGUCGGCCGGGGCCUGCCCCGAUGCCGCGGACCUUGUCCUGCUUCUGGACAAUGGCCAGGUCCUGGUGCUGCCCUGCCAGGGCGGCUCCGGCGGCGUGGGCACCCCGGUGGCCGAUGCCCUGCCCCCGGGCGCCCCUCCCGGCGGCCGGCUCCUCGCCGCCCCGGCCGCCUCCCUCGACAGCCCGCAUGCCCAAUUUUACUAUGUCACCCCGGCCGGCCUGUGGCAGGUGGAGGUCCAGCCCGGCCGGCUCACCUGGCGCCGGGCGGUCCUCCCGCCGGCGGCCACCGCCGGGGCAUUGCAACUGGCCCGGCUACGGGUUGACCCGGCCGACCCCCACCACCCGGGCCAGUGGCUGCUCGUCGCCGGCCAGGCGGUCCUCUUCGACUCGGCCUCCUUCAAGUGCCCCACCGACCGGAGCAUCACCUGCGACAGCGACACCACGACCACCCACUCGCCCGGGGCCUGGGCCUGCGCCGCGGGCCGGGCCGCGGCGCCCCUCGUCUCGCCGGACUUCCUGUGCGCCGGCUGCGCCGAUGGCUUCUACCUGGACCGCCCGGUCGAUGAGCCGCCCUUUGCCAGCCCCUUCCACGUGUGCCGGCCAUGCCCGCAGGCCCACUGCCUGACCUGCCACGCCGGCGGCUGCCUCGUCUGUGCCGACCCCUUCCUUCUGGAGUUCAGCGGCCCCGGCCCGUCGGCCGUGUGCGUGGCCGCCUGCUCGUCGGGCUUCGUCCCGGUGGCCGGGGCCUGCCUGCCGGACACCCUGCACCCGGCCCGGCCGGCAUUGGGCAUCCCCCGGCCGGAGCCGGUCCCCGGCCUGCCGGCCGGCGUCACCAUCACCGGCUUCGGCAUGACCCGGCUGUCCUUCGACCCGACCACCGGCCUGCCCAUCAUCCCGGCCCCCGACUACGCCCAGCCCCCGGCCAAUGUCCUCCUCUUCACCAGCGACAAGAGGACCCUCCUCAUGCCGGCGAGCGACGUCGGCCUGCCGGACAAGCCCCCGCCGGUGGAAGUCUCCCUCUUCAACCCCCUGCACCUGAUCGACCCCAUCGCCAGCUUCCUGGAGAUGGGCCCCCUCCUGCACAAUGGCAAGUUGAUGAUGGUGCACCUGGCCCGCCGGCAGGACACCUUCUCCUCCCUGUGGCUGAGCUGCCCGGCCCCCGGGCCAUGCACAGCCACCGACCCCGGCCACAUGCCCAUCCUAUCGACCCCGGCGGACGCGGCAUUCACCCGGCUCACGGCCACCGCCUUCGUCACGCGCAGCCGGUCCUUUGCCACCGUCCACGAGCUGGACCUGCCAGGCACCAUGCUCCAGAGUGACAUGCUGCAUGGCUUCCACAUGGCGGCCCGGCUGCCGGCCGGGCCGGGCAGCGCCGCGCGUGCCAGCCCCAGCACCGGGGCCUGGCACGCGCUGCUCGACCAGGCCGGCCGAUGGUCCCUCCGCCCGGUGGCCAUGCUCCAUGCCGAUGCCCGGACGGCGGCCCUUCACGGGCGCCUCCUGCCCCAAAAAGCCCCCUUCCCCAAUGCCGAGCCGGUGCACCUCCCCCGGCCCGGGGCCGAGCUCCACACGGAGCUCGUGCUCACCGGCAUCGUGGACUCCCAGUGGCAGGUCCUCCGCCUGCCGGGGGACAUGCUGCCGGCCGGGCGGUCCACCGACCUGCCCUUCGGCCGCCAGACCCUCGGGCCCCUGCCGCUCCCGCUGGGCCCCGGCGCCCUGAACCCCUACGACAUGCGGUUCGAGGCCCUGCCCCUGCCGGACUCCCGGCCCGACUACCCGAGCGCCCUGGUGCUCCUGGCCCGGGGCUUCCUCGGGGUGGCCCCGCUGUGGUGCCCCUCGGCCCCGGGGCCCGGGCCCUGCACCCUGCUCCCGGCCACCUUCACCAUCCUGCCGAGCCCGCUGCCCAGCACCAUGGAGCUGUGGCAGCCGCUGGCCCGGCUGCCCGGGGCCCCCGGCCCGGGCCUCCGCCUGCUGACCUUUGCCCAGGCCACCGGCCUGGCGGUCCUGUCGCUGGAGCCCGCCUGCCCGGGGGGCAGCUUCAGCAUGGGCUUCGCCUGCCAGGCCUGCCAUGACACCUGCCUCGCGUGCACCGGGCCCGGCCCGGCCGAGUGCACCGGCUGUCGGUUCUGGCUGCCCGAGGCCCCGGAGGCCUGCCUGGCCGGCUGCCCGGCCGGCUGGCAUGAAAGUGCCCCCGGCUCCGAGUGCCUGGCCUGUGACGCCUCCUGCCGGACUUGCGACCGGCCGGGCGCCUGCAUCGACUGCCAGCCGGGCUGGCUGCGGGGCCCGACCGGCCUGUGCGUGGCCAGCUGCCCGGAGGGCUGGCUCGAGUGCGCCCCCUCCGGCAUGUGCGCCCCCUGCCCGGACGCCUGCACCCGGUGCUCGGCCGCCGGCGGGCCGGCCUGCGCGGCCGGGGCCUGCCUGGCGGCCUGCCCGGCCGGGCAGUUCGCCGCCUCGGCCGACACCUGCCACGACUGCCAGGGCCACUGCCGGGCCUGCCUCGGCCGGGGGGACUUCUGCACGGCCUGCGCCACGGGCCUCCUGCUGGCCGAGCAGGGCACCUGCGCCGCCGCCUGCCCGGCGGCCUUCGCCCCGGUCGAGCAGCCCACCCGCGUGUGCCUGGCCUGCGGGCCCGGGUGCGACGGCUGCACCGCCGGCCCGGACCAGCCCGGCUGCCUGCCCGAUGCCACCGGGGCGCUGGUGUGCCCGGCCAUCGCCACCUGCGACCGGUGCGCCGGCGGGCGCUUCCUGCUGCAUGGCACCGACUGCGUGGCCGCCUGCCCCGAGGGCCAUUUCCCCGACCCGGCCACAUCGGCCUGCCACGCCUGCCACGCGGAUUGCCGCACCUGCACCGGGCCCGGGCCCGCGGGCUGCCCGGCCCCCUCGACCGGGCCCGGCAACACCCUGGCCCUGGGCCUGGGCCUGGGCCUGGGCCUGGGCCUGCUGCUCUUGAUGAUCGGCGCCGCGGCCACCGGCGUCUGGGUGGCCAAGCGACGCGCGCCCAAGAGCACGGUCGAUCCGCUGGAGAUGCGGGUCCUUGCUUGA